CAGAGCCAGGGAGAGACAGGAGGCGACGGAGAUUUUAUUAGCUCCUCUCCCGCGGCCGCAGCCAAUCAGCGCGCGAGCCCGGGCACCUGCGCCUCCUGCGUCAGGACUGUCAGGCCGAGCGAGUGCUGGCGCCCUUGGAGCUGGGAGAGAUUUAAAACGCUUUGGCUUCCCGGGGCCUGGGUGGGCAAAGCGAGCUGAGUGCCCCCAGCAUCCCCCACUCUCAGCACCCCAUGAGCCGACCCUCGGACCCAUGGAGCCCGGCAAUUUUGCCACCUUGGACGGGGCCAAGGAUCUCGAAGUCCUGCUGGGAGCAGGAGGGAGUCGGAAUCCAGUCGCCCACUCCCCACUGACCAGCCACCCGGCGGCGGCGCCGACGCUUAUGCCCGCGGUCAACUAUCCCUCCUUGGAUCUGCCAGGCUCUGCGGAACCGCCAAAGCAGUGCCACCCAUGUCCUGGGGUGCCCCAGGGGGCGUCCCCAGCUCCAGUGCCUUAUGGCUACUUUGGAGGCGGGUACUACUCCUGCCGAGUGUCACGGAGCUCUCUGAAACCCUGUGCCCAGGCAGCCACGCUGGCCGCCUUCCCCACGGAGACUCCCGCGGCCGGGGAGGAGUACCCCAGCCGCCACACCGAGUUUGCCUUCUGUCCGGGAUACCCGGGGCCCUACCAGCCUAUGGCCAGUUACCUAGAUGUGUCCGUGGUGCCGACGCUGGGCGCCCCGGGAGAGCCUCGCCAGGACACCCUGCUGCCUGUGGACAGUUGCCAGCCCUGGGCCCUCACCGGUGGCUGGACCGGCCAGAUGUGUUGCCAGGGAGAACAGAACCCACCGGGUUCCUUCUGGAAGGCCACAUUUGCAGACUCAAGUGCUCAGCACCCUCUAGAAGGCUGCACCUUCCACCGAGGCCGCAAGAAACGCAUCCCCUAUAGCAAGGGGCAGCUGCGUGAGCUGGAACGAGAGUAUUCCGCUAACAGGUUCAUCACCAAGGACAAGAGGCGCAAGAUCUCGGCGGCCACCAGCCUCUCAGAGCGCCAGAUCACCAUCUGGUUUCAGAAUCGCAGGGUCAAGGAGAAGAAGGUCCUUGCCAAGGUCAAGACCAGCUCUCCUCAGUGAGGGACCUCCCUGGCUUGGGGAGAGGAAGGUGGGAGGUAUCCUGGGGAGGCCAGGAGUCUGCCAGGGAGAGGCUGGGGACUAGGACUCUGCUGAGGGGCCACCAGAGGGGACACUCUUUUCAGGCCAUGGCUCCUGCGCUGUUUCUCACCGGACAGCCUGAGGACCUGACAUAUGACCCAGAAAGCCAGCAGGGCCCAGAGUUACAGCCUAAUCUGCCGAAGGGACACCACCCAAGGGACCUGUCCCGGUUUAAUCAUUCAUCCUGACAGUGGCGAUAAUAACCAUAACCAGUACUAGAUGCCAUGAUCAUUAGUCUCAUACUCUCUGCCUGGAGCUCUGUGGAGCACUACCAAAACAGUUUUCGUGGAGUGAACUAAUCAUGAAUAAACUUGGAAGGAGAUUGUGA